GUACACCCGGAAGUGUAAGGCAACUUCCUUAUCGUCAUUGAACACCGUUGCUUUCUGCUAGCCUCACGUGUAGCAAUAGCAGCAGCAGCCGCUGAAGCAGCAAAAUACCAAGUGUUUCGUCUUUUUUCGAAGAAAGCACAAUGAAUCAAGAGAAGCUCGCCAAACUCCAGGCACAAGUCCGGAUAGGUGGAAAGGGAACAGCACGCAGGAAGAAAAAGGUGGUCCACAAAACGGCAACGGCUGACGACAAAAAGCUCCAAGGCUCUCUGAAGAAGCUCUCCGUCAACAACAUCGCCGGCAUCGAAGAGGUGAACAUGAUCAAAGACGACGGCACGGUGAUCCACUUCAACAACCCCAAGGUGCAGGCGUCGCUGUCAGCCAACACGUUCGCCAUCACGGGCCACGCCGAGACCAAGCAGCUGACUGAGAUGCUGCCCGGCAUCCUCAGCCAGCUGGGCGCCGACAGCCUCAGCAGCCUGCGCAAGCUGGCUGAGCAGUUCCCGCGGCAAACGAUGGACAUGAAAGCCGUGAAGGAGGAAAUAGCAGAGGAGGACGACGACGCCGUCCCAGAUCUCGUGGAGAACUUUGAUGAAGCCUCAAAGAACGAAGCCAACUGAUCCCUUUCCCGCCGCCAACCGUUUUCUUUUUUUAAUCUGUCGUUCACUCGCUCAGAGGCUUUCCUCGUGCGUAGAGACGGUUGUUCAAGGUGCAGCGCAUCCUCAUUGUCAAAAAAAGAUCUUUACAUAACACCUUUUGAUUGCGGACGCCCCAGUCAACACCUGAAGGACUCAAACGGCUUUAAAUCAGCGCUGUCUACGUGGCUCAUAUUUAAGAGAUGCUUUAUGAAAGGUGACAAUAAAGAAUUCAGUUUACAUGUAGUGGCUGGAAAUGAUUUAAUAAAGUUUUUUUUGGGGAA